AGUUGAUACAGUCCACCCUGAUGUCUUCCCCGGCCCCGCUAGCGGCUAAUGAUUUCGUCCUCUUGUACCGGUCCUUUGACUCUAUAAUACAAAUACCUGCCCUCACACCAGGAGCUAUCACCAACUGCAGGCACGGUGCUUUCCAUCACGAUGACAUCAUUGGCAAGCUCACUUGGGGGGAGACGUGUGAACCUCGGACCUCACAAGAGAAGUUCAAGCGCGGUAUGGUAUUGGUUCGGCCGACCCCAGCCCUCAUCACUGACACUGUCCGACAUAGAACACAGAUCAUAUACCACGGCGACAUCUCGAUGAUCCUCACCGGUCUCGAUAUCCGACCUGGCAAGAAAGUAGUGGAGGCAGGGACCGGGAGUGGGUCCUUAUCGACUUCACUCAUCCAAGCGUUGAGGCAUCAUGGCAGCGACAGGGACCUGGACGGCCACCUGUACACAUUCGAGUACCACGAGCCCAGGUUUGCCGAGGCCAAGUCUGACUUCGAACGAUAUGGCUUUUCCGACAUCGUAACCAUCCAGCAUAGAGAUGUCAUUCACGACGGCCUUCCCGAAGAACUUGUCGGCAUGGAUGCUGUCUUCUGGGACUUGCCAGCACCAUGGAAAUGCAUAUCAACAGCUAGGAAGCACUUGAAGGAAGGGGGACUCCUGUGUACCUUCUCUCCGUGCAUCGAGCAAGUGAUGAAGAACUGCGCGGCCAUGGAGGCUGAGGGCUUCACUGCCAUCCACACGUACGAGUGUAUGCUGAAGGAGUGGGGGGUUAUGAGUACUGCCAAGUUGAACCGGAAUAGAAAGCGUGGUCGGGAUGAUCAUGGCAAGACCAAUGCUGUCACUAAGGGUGUCACCGAUGAGCAGCUCUCUUACCAGCUCCCAAUGCGAGGCCACACAAGCUAUCUCACUUUUGCGACUAAGAGUCUGGAUGAUGAGAAAGAUCAGCCCAACUUCAGCGUCUCUGUCGAGCAGAUCCUGUCUGCUAAGGCACAAUCAGACCCCUCGGCUUCCGACUGA